UGUAACAAUACUGCGCGGUUUUUGAUACCACUUCGGAAGUCGUAACAGUAGCCGGAACGAACUUCCGGCAGAGCAAAAUCCCGGUGGGUGCUAUACAAAUUACAGAAGCAUCGGAUUCUCCGGCAAUGCUCGCGUCAAAUUCAUUGAUUUUCACUAGUAAAUGUUAUAGCACAGCAAGUUGAAGCUCAGAGAAAACUAGGGUUCCAUUUUUGCCUUUAGCAAUGGUGGGAAUGACGUCUCCGAUUUCUAGAGAAAGGAUAGCGAGUCUAAUUAACGCCGCCAAGUUCGCUUCCGACGUCCCAUCGAAGCUCCACAGCUUGCGCCGGCUCAAAGAUGAGCUCUCCGGCGCUGACUCUGCUUUGCUCUCUGAAUUCUUCCCUACUCUCCUUGACCUCGUUUCCGAUCGGUUUAGUCCAGUUCGUAAAUUAACCACUGAGAUGGUUGGUCAUAUUGGAUUCGAACACGGAGAAUUCUUACCUGAUAUUGUACCUGUGUUGAUCUCUGCCUUGAAGGAUGAUACCCCAGCUGUUGCUCGACAAGCAAUCAAUUGUGGAAUUGAAAUAUUUCGGUGUACUCUAGUCAAAGUUGCAAUCCAGGGCUUGUUUUCAAGUGAAUUGGAUAAUUCUCUUGAAUCAGCAUGGGCCUGGGUGCUGAAGUUUAGGGAGGAGAUAUACACAAUGGCAUUUCAGCCUUCAAGUGAUGGAAGAAAAUUGCUUGCACUAAAGUUUGUGGAAUCGGUCGUGCUACUUUACACACCUGAUCCUAGUGUCAGUUCGGAGCCACCACCUGCUUUGGACAUUAAAGGGAAGUUUGAACAAUUCAAUGUAUCGUGGCUUCGUGGAGGUCAUCCAGUUCUAGAUGUUGGGGAUUUGUCUGUUAAAGCAAGCCAAAGUUUGGGUUUAUUGCUUGAUCAGCUUAGAUUUCCUGCAGUGAAGUCAAUUACUAACUUGAUGAUCAUUGUGCUCGUUAACUGUCUUUCAGCAAUUGCGACUAAAAGGCCUGCCUUUUACGGUCGUAUUCUGCCAGUUCUACUUAGCCUGAAUCCGUCAAGCUCCGAUGGCAAUGAGAAGCAUGUUUCUGGGGUACACCAUGCUUUGAAGACUGCCUUCAUUUCUUGCUUGAAUUGUAGACACCCAGGAGCUGCACCGUGGCGGGAUCGACUAGAAGGUGCACUCCGAGAAAAGAGAGCAGGAGUUCAGGCAGAACCAGUUGUAAGCCAAGAUUGCCAGAAUAAUGGACACGUAGAGUUGAAGGAUGUUUCAUCGAUCUCAGAGGAUUCAAAGCCUUCAAUUAAAUCAUCUGCUGGGACAAAAAGGUCAGGGGUGGAGGACAAUGCUGAACCGAUAGAUGAUAAUCUCUCUAAGAAGCGCAUGCGGUCGGCGCCUAUUGUCUCCAAGGAACCAAAGCAAGAGUUAAGUGGGAGCCAGGAAAGAGUUUCAGCUGGGGGUUCCACAACACCCAGAUCUGAUGGAGAUAAUGUUAAUUUGCAACCACUUGUUGCAAUGUUUGGUACAUUAGUUGCCCAGGGUGAAAAGGCUGCAGCAUCAUUAGAGAUUUUAAUCUCAAGCAUAUCAGCUGACUUGCUAGCUGAUGUUGUGAUGGCUAAUAUGAGAAAUCUACCUCCAAAUCAGCCAAAAGUUGUUGAUGAUGAAGAGCCACCUAUGAAGCCGGAGAUUGAAUCUGAGUUUAGACGAUUGUCAUCACUGUUGACAGACGCUCUUUCUCAGUCCAGUAUGUUAGCAGAAAAAGAUGAGAGAGAUGAUCAAAGUUUGAUCUCCAUCGAGCCAGAGUUGCAAAAAGUUAAAGGGGGAGAAGAGCACCUUGAUUCUGUCACUACUAAUGUGACAUCUGAUGCCCUAAAUUAUGCAAGUGAAGAAGCACCGGAAUAUGUAACUGAGCCUCUUUCUUCUAAAAAGAGUACCCCUCUACUAAUGGAAAAUGAUGUCUCAGCAGCGCAAUCUGAUGUCGCUGAGAUUGAGAAAACUGAGGAUUCCAUACCUGGUCUAGAUUCUGUAGCUCUCAAAGAUGAAGUAUCAGAGCCUGCAGCUGUUUCAGCCUUUGGUCCGACUGAACUUGAGGAUGGGAGUCAAGAUCAAGGGUCUAGUUUAGUUAGGUCAGCUUUGGAAGUAGUUCCAUCGAAUUCAAUUGAUAGGUCAGAGGAGCUUAGUCCAAAAGCAGCAACAACAGAUGUAACCAGCAUGAACUUAUCAACGGCAACUUCUAUUGGGCUUUCUCCACAGUUGCUUCUACCCAAAAUAUCUGCUCCAGUCAUCAACCUCUCUGACGAACAGAAGGACGAUAUACAGAAGUCAGCUUUCACUCGUGUCAUUGAUGCUUACAAGCAAAUUGCAAUUGCUGGAGGUUCUCAAGUCCGCUUUUCUCUUCUUGCCUAUUUAGGUGUUGAGUUUCCUUCGGAGCUAAACCCUUGGAAAUUUCUGCAAACACAUAUAUUGUCCGAUUAUAUGAAUCAUGAGGGGCACGAGUUGACAUUGCGUGUCCUCUACAGGUUGUAUGGGCAUGCAGAAGAAGACCAGGAUUUCUUUUCUUCAACAGCUGCUGCAACUGUAUAUGAAACAUUUCUACUUACCGUGGCAGAAACACUUAGAGACUCAUUUCCAGCUUCUGACAAAUCUCUAAGUAGAUUGCUCGGUGAAGCUCCUCGCUUACCAAAUUCUACUCUCAAGUUGUUAGAGAGCUUGUGUUGUCCUGGUAGUUGUGAAAGGGAUGAGAAAGAGUUACAUAGUGGAGAUCGAGUCACCCAAGGCCUCAGUACUGUGUGGAACCUGAUUCUGCUGAGACCUCCCAUGAGAGAAGCCUGUCUCAAAAUUGCUUUACAGAGUGCUGUUCAUCACUUAGAAGAGGUGCGCAUGAAGGCAAUACGGCUGGUUGCCAACAAGCUUUAUCCUCUGACAUCCAUCUCUCAACAAAUAGAACACUUUGCCAAUGAAAUGUUGAUGUCAGUAUCAACUGUUGAUCAUAAAGCGGACUCAAAUGGUGAUGGAUCUGAUCCUGCAUUGCAGAAGGAUUCUGCUUCAGGAAAAUCCUCGGAAGAAGGACCAUCAUUUCCUGUCUCCUCUAAUAUGUUUCAGUCAUCCACUUCUGGAAGCAAAACACCAUUUUCUAUUGCUGAGGGUCAGCGACGCAUAUCGCUCUAUUUUGCACUGUGUACUAAGAAGCACUCACUCUUUGGCCAAAUAUUUGUUGUAUAUAGUGGUGCAUCCGAGGCUGUACAGCAGGCAAUACAUCAACAAAUCCAUAUGCUAGUUCGGACAAUCGGUUCUUCAUCUGAGCUGCUUGAGAUAAUAUCAGAACCACCUAGUGGAUGUGAAAAGCUAUUGAUACAGGUUUUGCAAACGUUGACUGAGGGGAUAGUUCCUUCCUUACAGUUGAUAACUACUAUCAGGAAGCUAUAUGAGACUAAAGUAAAGGAUGUUGAACUCCUUAUUAUGAUACUUCCUUUCCUGUCAAAAGACGAGGUUUUGCUUCUUUUUCCACAUGUUGUGCAUGCUCCCUUGGAUAAAUUCCAAGGUGCUCUCCCUCGUAUUCUACAGGGAUCAACUCACUCAGGUCCAGUGCUAACUCCUGCUGAAGCAUUAAUUGCUAUCCAUAAGAUUGAUCCUGAAAGAGAAGGCAUUCCAUUAAAAAAGGUCACAGAUGCAUGCAAUGCUUGUUUUGAGCAGAAAGAGAUAUUCACGCAGCAAGUUCUUGCAAAGGUCUUGAACCAAUUGGUUGAACAGAUUCCUCUUCCUAUGUUGUUCAUGCGGACAGUAAUACAAACUAUUGGUGCUUUUCCAUCUCUGGUGGAUUUCAUCAUGGAGAUUCUCUCUCGUCUUGUUAGCAAGCAGAUAUGGAAAUAUCCAAAGCUGUGGGUAGGAUUUGUGAAAUGUGCCCUUUUGACCAGGCCACAAUCUUUCGGAGUGCUGCUUCAGCUACCUCCAGCUCAGCUUGAAAAUGCAUUGGGUAGAACACCUGGUCUCAGAGCUCCUUUAGUUGCACAUGCAAGUCAAGCACACAUAAAAUCUUCACUUCCAAGGUCUGUCUUAACGGUUCUUGGAAUUGAAUCGGAUGCUCAAGUUUCAAGUCAGGCACCUCCCAACCAGUCUCAGACAGGUGAUAUUGGCAAUUCUGAUAAGGAAGCAGGCACUGAAAAAUCCAGGGACUCUUCAAUUGUCAGUUAAUUUGAUGUGUGAGCUUGGUGCUUCACUUGUAGAUUGCGGGCAUACUAUUUGAGUUGCAUCCUGAACUCUGGGAGUUCUGUUUUCCUCUCUAGACAAAGCUCUCGGUUCUUUUCUUUCAAGCAUCUGGCAGGCUGAUGCAAACAGGGUCCUCACAUUGCCCAAUGAUAAUCAUUUUGGUGGUUCUUUUCUGGCCUUGGAAUAUCAGAAUACCUCAGCCUUAUGAUGGAAGCUCGUUUGUGUUGAAAGUGCUUUUUCCUGUAGAGGGCAGUCUUGGACUUUCCCAACCACAGGUAUUGCUGCUGGUAAUGACUAAUAGUUGUAUUUGAGGAGUAUCCUAACUUCUUCCAGAGGGUGCUCAGCUCGACCUUUUGUAUUAGCUGAUUUAGGAACUAGGAAGUCGCGGGGUGUCUUAAUAACCCGAUAAAUAGGUGCUUGUGUUGUAUGUUACCUAUAUUCUUCAAUAGUCAAGCAUAUUAGCCAAUUUUAGGGAGGUGGUGAUCGUAAUCAUAAUGUCACCACAUAAAGAACUUGUUUGUGUGAGAGAUUUUGGUGUAACUGCUUAUUCAGCUGAAUGGAGAGAUUGUAACUAUUCAAUAGCCCAGCAGGACAGAUUGUAAUCUUUCAAUAUUAUAACUUUUGUUACAUUGCAACUUUCUGGAAGGCGUUGCAGCUCGGAAUUAUGAACAAUCAUAGGAAUGUAUUUACAUAAUGAGUUGAAUACAUUACUUGUUGCAGUUCAAUUUU